AUGUACCUUAAUGACCUUCAUGUAAGCAAUUACUAAAUAUAAUCACCUGUUGGAGAACAGAGAUUACUGUAUCAAGAGGCAUUUGGUCAAAUAAAAUUAAAACAAAUUAAUACACAGUCUAAGUUGAAAGACAUAUUAUUGAAAGCUAUUACUAAAUUAAGAAAAUAUACAAAAAUAAAGAAUAUAUACUUACUUAGUAAACAUUAAUUGCUAGCAUUUAAUGAUAUAUCUAGUUGUCACAAUUAAUUUGUAAAAAAAGAGAAGGAGACUUCUCAAUUUGAAAAAUAAUAUUACUAAUACAAAUAGUAGAAUCUUAGUUUAUAAUUGAUAGUAACAAAUCUAAUGAAUAUGGUUAGAAUGUAAGGUUUAAGAAGUAUAAAAGCAAGUCAUCCUUUAUUAAUAUUUUGGAGCUUUUUAAAAUUUUUAUUAGUUUUACAUUUAUGCUUUAUUUUUCCAUUGUCAGAUUCAUUCAUCUUUUAAUUAGAUGAAUUUAUUCAGAUUUAAUAACCAAUAUUUUUUAUAGAAAUAGUAAUAUUAGCAAUAGAUAUUAUAAUGAGAUUAAAUGUACAAAUUUACAAUAAGGGUACUGUGAUUACAUAAACAAGAUAAAUAAUAGUAUAAUAUUUUAAGAAAGAAUUUCUAAUAGAUUUUGGAGGAUUACUUGGAUUGUUGGCAUUCUUAUUUUCUUAAUUUACACCAUUAAAAUAUUUAUUUAUACUUAAAAUAAAGGAAUUAUCAAAUUUUAUGGAAGUAUUUAAAUAUGAAAUUGAUCCAAAAGGUAAAUUUAAGAGUCAUUUAAAAUUAAUGACAUUAUUAAUAACUGUUGUAUUAUUGGCUCAUUGUUUUGCUUGUGUUUGGAUAGGAAUUGGUUAACAUUCAAUGAAUAAUAAUUGGAUAGUCUAAAGAGAUUUACAUAAUUCUCAUUGGUUAGAGAUAUAUUUGAAUGGAUUGUAUUUUGCAAUUACUACAAUGACUACAGUUGGAUAUGGAGAUAUUACACCAAUAAAUCCAUAUGAAGUUUCUGUUAGUAUUUGUUUAACUUUAUUCUCUUCAUGCAUAUUUGCUUAUGUUUUUAAUACAAUAACUUCAAUUUUAAAAGAUCUAGAUGCAAAUAAAAGCAAAAUCAAACAUGAUCUAGAAAUCUUAAGUUUGUAUAUGAAGAAACGAAAUAUAGAUUCAGAUUUGUAAAAGAGAGUUGAGAAGUACUAAAUUAAACAUAAUUAGCAGUUAUCUUAGAUUAGUUUAUAAACAUUAACCUUCAGUUUAAGAGAAAAAGAUCUUCAAUAAAUUAAGUCCUUAAUUAAGAUAAGAAUUAAAUGAAUAGGAUAAAGGUGUUAUGUUAUUGAAACAACCUGCUUUAGUAAACAAUUUUUCAUUAAAAUUCUUGAGAGAUCUAAUUGAAAGCAUUUAAGAAAUAAAUUUGACUCCAAAUGAAUAAUUACCAAAUGAUUAAGGUUUGAAUAUACUUUAGAAGGGAGAACUUAAAUUGUUUUUUGGUGAUAAUUAAACAUUAGUAGGAUAUUUGAAACCAGGUGAUGGAAUUGGUGUAAAAUCUUUAUUUAAUGGAAAUAAUUAAAAUACUAGAUUAAGUUGUAAAAGUGAAGGUUUUUCAUAAGUUUAUUGGAUUUCUUAAAAUGAAUUUUUUAAGAAAUUAAAAGAUACAGAUUUAGAUUAAUAUUAUUAAAUUAAAGAUAAGAUUAUGUAAAAUAAUCAUGAUAAUUUAUAUGAGAAAUGUUUAUUAUGUAGAAAAUUUGGACAUGAGAUUUGUGAAGACAUUUAUUUUAAUUUAAAUAAAGAAUUAAUUUUAGCUAAAUAUAGACAUUCUGUAAAUCAUGAAAGGAAAAUUGGAUUUAUUAGAAAAAGAAAAAAUAAAUACAGAGUCUUUUAGUCUUUGGAUAUUAAAAGAUAAAGUGCAACAUAAUGUUAUUAAAAGUCUAUGAAAAGUAUGAAGAUGUCUGAAAGAUUUAAGGAAGAAGAUGAUGAAAUAUCUGAGAGUUAAAAAAGCGAUGUAAAAGUAUAAUAAUAAACAAGAGUCAUAUGAUGAAUUAGAAGAAUAAAGGCAUUUUCUAGAUGAAUAGAAGGAUAACAUAACAGUAUAUAUUGACAGAGAGAAUUCUAUAAAAGAUUAAAAUAAAGAAGAUAGAAAGAUUUUAAGAAACAAAGCUAAAGGUCCAUCAUUAGUGAGAAUGUUGCAAAAUUUUUCAUCUUUAAAAGUGUGGCAAGAUGAUUUAUUUAUUCUAGCUGAUUUUGAUAAGAUGAAAUGUUUUCGGAUGUACUAUCCAACACAUAAUUUUGAUCAAGUUAUUAAGUAUUAUAAUUAAAAGAGAAAAAAAAUUAAUAAAACUCUAUUAAAAGUUUUAUAGAAAUGA